AUGGCGCAAGAGGUCCCAGGUAUAGAUUUAAAACAUUUCGAAAUCUUUGCGGAGGAAUUCUUCUUCUCGAGCGGCACGGCCGAAGCGUUAACCCCUAAAAUCCCCCCAGGGACACCAUUGUCGCAGGCCUGGGUGGCGUUCGAUCUACUUCGCGGGAAGAUAAUGGCAAAAGUCUAUUUUAUGCCCAUUCUGAAAUGGAUUCAAACGGGAAUCCCGACGAGAGUGCUAGUCUCGAGGGCAGUGCAAAAGUGCAGUGGUAAAUACGGCACUUACGACGCCCCGAUGAAGUUACUGGACAGUUAUCUGGAGUCAUUCGUACCCGGAAGUGGCCCGGUCGUGGAGAUGGUCGCUAUAGACUGUGUCGACUCUCCUGACUCUCGAAUUAAAGUCUAUUUACGAACAGACGUCAACACUCUCGCCAAAGCCAAGGUCAUAUAUACUCUCGGCGGCCGACUUUCUGGAGAGGCCAUCGACGCUGGUCUCGAAGCGUUGACUGAACUAUGGCCGAUUCUCUUCCGCUUGGAAGGCAGCGACUUCGAAAACACAGAGGUGUUUCCCAGGGGAUCGUACUGUGGCUGUGCGGUAGAGAUGAAGGCCGGCCAUGCGCAGCCCGGGACAAAGAUUCAUAUCCCGGUGAGGAAGAUUAACGUCACAGAUGCGCAGCUCUGCCAGUCGCUGUCUGCUUGGUUUGCAAAACGGGGCCAUAGGGACUUUGCUGCGACGUACGAGGAGAACUUGAGGGCUGCCUUUCCCGAUCAUAACUUUAACACCACGAAUGGAACGCAUACAUUCGUUUCCUUUGCAUAUACGAAGAAAACGGGUGUAUAUAUGACCAUGUAUUACUCGACCAAGAUCUUUGGUGUUCAAGUGAACAAGGAUUAUUGGAAAGGCUACGACAACCUGUGGAGUGUAGCGGCCGGUAGCAGUAUCCCGGGGCGUGAUUGA